GACCGCUGCCUACUCUUUCUCAUUGAUCUAUUGACCACACAUUCAUUGGAUAGUGAGCUUCAGGAUUUCGGUGGAGCGGAUUUAGCCAAGGACCAUCUAUCGCAAGUUAAUCCCCUUCCUGAAACUAAGGUUGGUGCCCUCCAGCGGCUUGCAGUACAAUUAAUCGCGGCUAAUCCGGCGGCCAUCAGUGCCUUGAUCGCCUUCUCCAGCCUUCCCCUAGAGCUGCUGCUCCGACAACACGAUCAGUCAGAUAAAAAGUAA